AUGGUAAGGGAUUUGGUUGUCAGGGUGGUUGAGAAUGAAUAUAUCAUCACCUUCACAGGUUACUUCAGUGCCCGCGCCAGGCACAGUUUCAUCACGUCAGCCCUCCAUGGAUCUGGGGUGAAGAACUGGGGUCUAGUGCCACGGCUCAACCCUGCCAAGAAUUACCCCAGUGAUUUUGAAGUGGUCAAGUUACAAGAGAAGUCAGACGAGGGUCUGGAGGCACUGGAAAGUCAUCCCAAUGUGAAAAGAGUGGCCACACAUAAGAAAUUAACUAGAACAUUGAAAUAUUUAAAAGUGAAACCCAAGGCUAGUAGUAGCACAGUGCUGAACUCUCCAUGUGUGAAGACAAAAUCUACCAGCCCAGAUAGCUGGGAGCAAUCUUUUCACUCUUCAAGACCCAUCAAUAGGAAGAGCUUGUCUCUGGCAGGUGCAUUCUGGCAUUCCCCUGUCAGACACAGAAGUCGUAAUCUUCUUCGUGCAAUACCCAGACAGAUCUCCAGUGCACUGCAGGCAGAAAUACUGUGGAGUAUGGGAUAUACAGGUGCUAAUGUGAAAGUGGCCAUAUUUGACACUGGGUUGGCAGAGGACCACCCGCACUUCAAGAGGGGACGUAUUAAAGACCGCACAAACUGGACACAUGAGAAAACACUGGAAGAUGGCCUUGGUCAUGGUACUUUUGUGGCAGGUGUGAUCUCCAGCAACAAGGACUGUCUUGGCUUUGCGCCUGAUGCUGACAUCUAUGUUUUCAGAGUGUUUACCAACAACCAGGUUUCUUAUACCUCCUGGUUCUUAGACGCUUUCAACUACGCAAUACUGAAGAAAAUUAACGUGUUGAAUUUGAGCAUUGGAGGUCCUGACUUCAUGGACCACCCUUUUGUGGAUAAGGUAUGGGAGCUGACAGCAAACAAAGUCAUCAUGGUGUCAGCAAUAGGAAAUGAUGGUCCACUCUAUGGCACCCUGAACAACCCUGCUGACCAGAUGGAUGUCAUUGGUGUUGGCGGGAUCAACUUUGACAAUCAGAUAGCUCGCUUCUCCUCCAGGGGAAUGACCACUUGGGAGCUGCCCUUUGGCUAUGGUAGAAUGAAGCCAGAUAUAGUGACUUACGGAUCCCAAGUCAGAGGCUCUGCCAUGAGGGGAGGCUGCCGUUCUCUGUCAGGCACCAGUGUAGCAUCACCUGUGGUAGCGGGUGCUGUCACCUUACUCUACAGUGCUGUUCUGAACCGGGCCCAUGUUGUGAACCCAGCCAGCAUGAAGCAGGCCUUGAUGGCCUCGGCAAAACGACUGCCAGGAUCAAACAUGUUUGAACAGGGCCACGGCAAGUUGGACUUGGUGAAGGCGUAUCAGGUGCUGCGGAGUUACAAACCCCAGGCCAGUCUGAGUCCUAGCUACGUUGACCUGACCGAGUGUCCAUACAUGUGGCCGUACUGUACCCAGCCUAUGUACUAUGGUGCCAUGCCUGUCAUUGUGAAUGUUACAAUUCUUAAUGGGAUGGGAGUCUCCGGUAAAAUUCUUGAAAAGCCACUAUGGCAGCCCUACACUCCUCAGUUUGGGAACUACAUAGAAGUAGCCUUCUCCUACCCCACUGAACUGUGGCCCUGGUCAGGCUAUCUAGCUGUGUCCAUCUCUGUGUCCAAGGGGGCAGCCAACUGGGACGGCAUUGCUCAGGGCCUGGUCACUCUCACUGUGACUUCACCACCAGAGGACGGAGAGAAGAGUGCAAGAACAUCAACAAUAAAGCUACCCAUCAAGGCCAAGAUCAUUCCUACUCCACCUAGGAGCAAACGAGUUCUGUGGGACCAGUACCACAACCUGCGCUAUCCACCAGGCUAUUUUCCACGCGAUAACCUGCGCAUGAAGAACGAUCCACUGGAUUGGAAUGGGGAUCACAUCCACACCAACUUCAGGGACAUGUAUACACACCUGAGGAACAGUGGGUACUAUGUGGAGGUGCUGGGUUCUCCUUUCACUUGCUUUGAUGCCUCACAGUAUGGUACCCUGCUGAUAGUGGAUGCUGAAGAGGAGUAUUUCCCUGGAGAAGUGACCAAGCUGAAGCAGGACAUUGACAACGGCCUGUCACUGAUCAUAUUUGCAGACUGGUACAAUAUCUCCGUCAUGAAGAAAGUCAAGUUUUAUGAUGAAAACACAAGACAAUGGUGGAUGCCAGACACAGGGGGUGCCAAUAUCCCUGCCAUCAAUGACCUGUUGUCCCCCCUGGGGAUGGCCUUCAGUGACGAGGUCUACGAGGGAGAGUUUACACUGGGAGAACAUGAAAUGUACUAUGCCUCUGGGACCAGCAUUGCCAAGUUUCCAGAGGAUGGCUUGUUGAUCACACAGUCACUGAAGGAUCAAGGUUAUGAAGUAGUCAAAGGAGAGAGCAUCACGGCAGACAAAGUGCCCAUCUUGGGACUCCAUGAAGGAAAGUCACCCUCCAGACAGGGCAGAGUGGCACUGUAUGGGGAUUCUAACUGUCUGGAUAACAGCCAUAUACAGAAAGAUUGUUACUGGCUGCUGAGUGCACUGCUUGAGUUCACAGCCCACGGUCAGAUUCCGCCAUCUUUUACUGAGAAGAAAGCUGAUCACAAGACUAUACUACUGAAGAAUGACUUGCCAGAGAGAAUGGAAGGCAACCAUCUCCACCGCUAUUCUAAGGUCCUGGAGAAUCACCUUGGUGCUCAGCGCUCCAGACCUCUGCCUGCUUGUCCACAUUUGGUCUGGGCCGCACCUAGUCCUCUGAACACUUCAGCCCCCAGCAACCUAGUCCAGCACCAGAAAUUGCUGUCAAUCAGUUACGAUGUCAACCUGCCCUUGGUGAACCCAGCGGGCGAAGGUCAUCCCCAGGGAAUACGGGACAGUCCCGCCGGGACCUGGGAGAAGCUUAAAGCCAGCAACCCAAGAACACCAGAUGGGGCCACAGUGUACCCCUACCUUGCGUUCAUGGGGACUGCCCUAGUCUUACUUUUUGUGGUGAACCACAUGUAUAAAAAUAAAACUCGCCCAAGGAGGAAAAAGCCACCGAGACUACGGAAGAUGCUAUUUGGGGGACGGGUGCCGGGGGUCUGA